CUCAAUGGGCGCCCGUUUGCAGAGCUAUGUGUGCAUUUGUCUUGCCCGUAUCUCUUUGUUUUUGCAUGCAUGUUAUGUUUUGACUUUUUUCUUUAUUCUCUCCGAGAGGCCGCAAAGGGUUGGGCCUUUUCUUCUCAGGCCCCGGCCUCAAUAGGGCCAUAAUUGGUUAUUCAGGCCUAUCCGGUUAGCUAGCCCGCCUGCUCAAAUAAAGCUUUUUACGUCUUUAUCUAUCGCUAUCUGGCGUAUUUUAGAAACAAAGCACAUAUGUUAAAAUGCAAUACGAUCUCUAGCCUAAGGUUUGUGUGCAAUUUGUUUUGUCGUCGAGUCGUAUUUUCAGUGACCGUUUAAAUUAGCUUCGUCCAGACGGGAUGCUAACAAAAUGGCGCAUGCUGAAGUGAUAAAAGUCGGUUGUGGAAAAUGUGUAUUUAACCCUCCUCCCGCUAGCUGGCUACUACACAGCCACGGCAGUGAGGACCUAACGUUACCUUCCUUGUUUCUUUUGUAGUUUUAUCUCCCACUGUGUGUCCGUGGAGUCAGUUAUUUGCUAAAUGUGUGUUUUGACCGCUAGCUGUCGGACUUUGCGUGUGUAAAUCAGUGCUACUCCGGUGGUCCGGUAAAGACCUCAUCGCAUUUUUAGCACUUUAGCGUUAUUUGUCUGGCAGGAAUACGGUGGACCUUGGGUCUGAAUACAUGGGUGUUUUUAGAGCGUUUUUUAACACAGUGAUGCUCUGUUUUGUGCGCCACAUCGCCACACCGUUGUCAUCAUUUUCCACCUGGAGGUGGGGGAUGGUACAUGCAGUAGAAAUUAAAUGGCACCCCGGCUGCAUCAUCCACACCACUGUUUACAUCUCUGCAUCCCCCGUGUGUAUGUUCCGUCGCACAUUAUCUCACCUCCAUCUCACUGAUGAAGCCAAAUGGGUUGCACGGCUAGAGUGGUUUUCACUGUUUUAUUCGUAGCUGGGGAAAAAAGGAUGCAGUCACAGCAAAUAUGCCACUGGUUACAUUUCCCUUGCUGUCCUUUGCCGCAGACACAAACCAACACUGCCAAAAAAAGCCCAAACAUACAUUCUGUGAUCUUGUUUGUGUGUAAUUACAUGAAUUAUUAGAUUAUAUAUCAGAUGAAUAUGAAGUUGUUAUUGAAAGUUAUUUGAUAAACACAUUUUUAAAAUUAUGGAAAAAUUGAUGAAGUAGUAUUAACAGCUCUUGCACUGUUUACAGUAAAAAUGUGGUGUUUUCAGCUGGUGUUAUCAAUAACAUUGAAUAUAUUUUGGUUUUGCUCAAGCUGUGCUCAAGCUCAAGCUGUGCAGCAUCCAAUUUGGCAACAAAAGACUUCUUGUAGUUUUAUCAUGUGAGUCUAAUUGUAAUUAGUAGUCUGAUAUGGGGCUUUCAAUAGCCAAAGCAGAUCAUAGUGAGCAAUGGCCAAUAUAUAAAGCCAGUAUUCUUAUACAUGUUUUAACAACAAUAAUAAAAAGAACAGAGCCUUAACUUUAACUCGACUGUUUCUGCAUCUGCUAUGUUCUCUGUAAUGCACUUAUUUGAAAUAAAAUUUAAAAUUGCCAACAAAACAUGAAUGAAAGUUAUUGCUAUUAACAGCACAGCAGUUUUACAUUUGGACAAAAUAAACAUUUGCUGAAUUCUUUGUAUUAUCUUUUUGGAUUGAGGUUCAUGAAGUAAUUUUCUUCUGAUUGUCUCAGAAAGCUCAUCAAUUGAUUUGAUUAUAAAGCCAACUGAUUAUUAAUUGAUCUGCUGCUAUUUAUUAUCUCAGAGUGCUGGUUCUUUGACAAGCAGUUAUAAAAAACAACUUAAUCUUAGUAGGUUAGCACGCACAGGCAACAAAUUAUGUUUGGUAAUUUUGUCUGGCAGCAAACUCUAAUUGUUUUAAGCCCUAGCAAUUAUGUAAACAGCUGGGGAUGGUUUGUAAAACAUUAUUGGCCAUUAAGAUAUUGUCUUAAGCAUUGUAAACUUAAUUUGUCCAGAUUGUUAUGUAAAAAUGAAAGAUAAGAUGAAUAUGUACACAUUGUUAAAUACAAACAAAUCAACCUUCACGUCUGCAUAAAAGUAGCAUCUCAUAGUCUUAUGAUAUGGAAUUUAACAGUAGUGCUUAUAUCAAUGAGCUGUUCGCAUUUUAGUCAACAAACAUCUCUAAGCAUGUCUCCAAUUUGCUUCCAGCUCUCCAGUAACAAAUGCAGUGCGAGGACAAUGGAUGAGGAUGACACGAGGCUUUCAAUACAUUCUGAAGAGCCAAAAAUAAUACUACACGGAUCGGAUGAGGGUGGUGCCGGCGGGCAAGAGUUUGUUGUGGAGCUUCAAGAGACUGUGUUGGUGUCAGAAGGCGAGGGGGAAGGCAUGGCGGUUCACAGGUUUGCCCCAGACGAGCUAGUCAUCCAGGAUGCUGUUGAGGAUGUGGUUUCUGAGUAUGUGCACUGCGAUGAAGAUGAAGAUGUUGCUGUAGAAACCUGCGUGAUGGCCCUGGAGGGUGAGGAGGAAGGUGUGGCCAUGGGAGACAUCCCUGAAGAUGGGCUGGAUCCAGAGCAACAGGAGGAUGACCAAGAUGGCUGUGGAGAUUAUCUGAUGAUAUCAUUGGAUGAAGCUGGUAAAAUGGUGUCUGAAGAUGGAACAGAGGUGACAGUGGAGGGAGCUGUGGAGGACCAGGAAGUGGAAAAGGAUGAGGAUGGGCAGGAGGUGAUAAAGGUGUACAUCUUCAAGGCUGACUCAGGAGAGGAUGACAUGGGAGAAUCUGUGGACAUCAGCGAUGGGGACACGGAGAGUGUGGCAUUGACAGAGUCAUCGGGUCAUACGCUGAGAGAGAAGAUGGUUUACAUGUCUGUUGGCGAGCCGCAUCACAAUCAAGGAAACCAUGGUGGGUCCAAGGUGACUGAUGAGGUUUAUAUGGAGGUGGUGGUAGGAGGUGAAGAGCCAGUAACUCACGACCGCUCGUAUGACAGCGUGUCUCUAAGCAAGGACUUCAUGCCUGUGGCCUGGGCAGCUGCUUAUGGUGCUGAUGACGGUGAGAGUUGUGAAAACCGAAACGGAGCAGCCAGCGCACUGUUGCACAUCGAUGAAUCAGAUGGGAUGGAUGAGAUCAACAGACAACGCAACAAAAGCAAGAGACGAUCGGAGCCUCGGCAGGUGCAGACGGCCAUCAUCAUCGGCCCGUAUGGUCAGCCCCUGACAGUUUAUCCCUGCAUGCUCUGUGGUAAGAAGUUCAAGUCGCGAGGUUUCUUGAAACGCCACACCAAAAAUCACCAUCAGGAUGUUCUGACGAGGAAGAAGUACCAGUGCACAGAUUGUGACUUCACCACUAACAAGAAAGCCAGCCUCCACAACCACAUGGAGGUGCACGCCCUGAGCAGCAAGGCCCCAUUUGAGUGUGAAAUGUGUGGUAAGGAGUUCCACCAGCAGGCAGCGCUAUUCUCUCACAGACUACAGCACCACCACCGAGAGCCUAAGACCCAGCCGCCUCCACCGCCCACCAAGAUGCAUAAAUGCAAAUUCUGUGACUAUGAAACUGCUGAGCAGGGACUGCUCAAUCGACACUUGUUGGCAGUUCACAGUAAAAGCUUCCCUCACAUCUGUGUAGAAUGUGGAAAGGGCUUCCGACACCCGUCAGAAUUGAAGAAACACAUGCGUACGCACACAGGUGAGAAGCCUUACUCCUGUCUAUACUGCGACUACAAGUCAGCCGACUCCUCGAACCUUAAGACACACAUCAAGACUAAGCAUAGCAAAGAGAUGCCAUACAAGUGUGAACGCUGUUUUCAAACCUUUGCAGAGGAGGAGGAGUUGAUGCAGCAUGGACUGACUCACGAGGAGAAUAAGACCCACCAUUGUGCCCACUGUGAUCACAAGAGUUCCAACUCCAGUGACUUAAAGCGCCAUAUCAUAUCUGUUCACACCAAGGACUAUCCACACAAAUGCGCUGUGUGUGGUAAAGGCUUCCACCGGCCGUCGGAACUGAAGAAGCACUCUGUAUCCCACCGCACCAAGAAACUCCACCAGUGCCGGCACUGCAACUUCAAAAUUGCAGACCCUUUUGUUCUCAGUCGCCAUAUCUUGUCUGUCCACACUAAGGAGCAACAGGCCUCUCCUGAAAAGAGCGAGGCCAAGAGGACAGAGACACACACUCCGGUUGUGACACCUAAAAAGUCUGCACCUAGCGGGUCCAGUGGCGCUGGUCCCCCUGCCAGAGUCAGUGCAGCCAGCUUAGCCAGCAGUGUGACUGUAGUUAUUGGCAAAGGACAAAAAGAAAGGAGAAUUUACCAGUGCCAGUAUUGUGAUUACAGCACAGGGGAUGCUUCGGGUUUCAAGCGGCAUGUAAUUUCCAUUCACACGAAAGACUACCCACAUCGCUGCGAGAUCUGUUCGAAAGGCUUUCGAAGACCCUCGGAGAAAAACCAGCAUAUCAUGCGUCACCACAAAGAUGUGGUGCAGGCAGAGUGACUCUGACCGAGCCAAAUACUGUGCCACAACAAAGAACAAUAUUGAAGCAACCAUUACACCCCAAUCACUGCACCCUCAGCGCAGCACCAUUCACAUGUAUACAAUGUAAUGUGUGUCUGUGCUGCAAUUUGUCCAUUUUCUGUUUUGUUUUUGAUCCUCGGCCUAAUAUUUGUUCAGAAAUGUAUACACAUGUACAUAACAUUAAUGCUCUGUCAGCGUAGACAACAAAAACCCCUCCGUAGACUUGCACUUUUUUAACUGCAUGUCCCUUGCUGGUGACAGUUUGCAUGGCAGAUUGUGCAGAUGUCUUUUUGUAGAUACACAUUUUUAAUUUUGCAGGCAGCAAUCAGUUCUCUCAAUCAUAAAGGUCCUAAUUAUUUGUCUCAAAACUGAAGUGUGAUUUGCAAAAUGUUUGCGUCAUUUUGUUAAGAUGUACUAAACACAGCAGUAUGGUUUAGCAAUUUGUUCCCAGUAGCACUUGCCAAGUUGGUCAAGAUCAUGAUGAAUGCAGUAAUGAAAAAUAGUGUAUGGUAAUUGUAUGUGUGGGUGUGUGUGCGCAUGUGAGUGAAAGGAAGUGUGAAGUGAGAGAGUGACAAAAAAAAAGCAUCUGUUGUGCUUCCUGGUGCUCUGACCCCACCACCCUGUAACAUAAAGCUUUUGUUGUGUUAACGAAAACACAAAGCUGGCUAUGUACAGCACCCCAAGAAAAGAAACAAUCACUUUGAGCUCUGGUCAUCAGGGGUUUGUGAUCAUGAAAACACAGAGUACACAGUGGAAUUGUGGAUGUGUCAAGGUAGUGGAUACAUGUACACAAACUCACCCAUGUGGUGACACAGUGUGUCGCUUGGUUUUCUCAUACCUGUGUAAUGUUUGUUUUAAUCCAGUUAGUGUACUGUAAGUCGUGCAGAACAAGUGCCCAAAACAGUGAAGACACAACCUUGACUGACAGUAUUUUUAAUCUUUUAAUGCUACCUGGGGUGUGAAACCCAAUAAACCUGGGGGAGGAGGGUGUCAGGCUUUUGUGAUGAGGAAAAUGUCUGGUUUCCAACAAAGUAAAUGAAAUUAAGCAGCUUCUAAGAUGCUAGUUUUGUCCUUGAACAAACAUUUCUCACAUGAAUUGAUGCUGUAAAAAUCUCUUUAAUUAAAGCAUUAUUUGCAAGCACCAAUAUAUCAAUAUUAGGCUGUUUUUU